AGAAAUGGAAAUGCAACUGGCGACUUUUCCUUGUAUCUCUGAUAUUCAGAUUACUGUUGGAUAGCUUCAUAUAUCUACAGAAACCAAUUUAAACCCAGCUUCUACGAGAGGCGUUUGAAGCUCAGGUAUUUCAAAUUUUGGACUCUUAUUAAUUGCUACCAAUCAGAGAAAAGAAAAGUUGCAGAGCAAGAAAGAGAGGGGGAAGUAAAAGCUACUAGCUAAGAGGCUAAGCACAACAUUAAUUAAUACUGAUGAAACCAGUCCCACGGUACUCUUUCCUCUUGUAUAUGGAAUUCAGAAAUUAGCAUUUAUUGAGAAACAAUGAACUUCCCACCAUCCUCAACUGCUCCCCUUUAAUUCCCCUCAAUUAAGUGUCCUCCCUUAAGUCAAACUCUUCUUCUUCUUCUUCUUCUUCUUUUACCUCUCUUUAAUUCGAACCAUGGUUUUUGAUGAAACAAUUAUCAGAUUCGUCUUCUCAAUUUUAUUGGUCUGGUCAUCAUCAUCAGUUGGUGCUGCUAAUUCAACUCAGUGCAAUCAGUACAGUGGAGCUGCUUCUAAUGGCCAGCGUGUUCCUUAUCCAUUUGGAUUCUCAGAGGGUUGUACGAUUCGCUUGAAUUGUACUCAAAGUGGAGAAAUUAGAAUUGGAGAAUAUCUAAUACAAAAUGUGACUUCAGAUACAUUAAUGGUCAACUUUCCAGUAAAUUGCCGCCGUCCGAUUGAGGAUCUUAAGCAAUUUAGCGGAACCAAUUACGGUAUGACUUGGAGAAACGGGCUGCUUCUACAGAAUUGUACAGUCCCGAAGAGCGAGUGUACCAUACCAUCGGACCUUUUAAGCGCGCGUUUGAACAUACCGUCGUGUGAUUCGAAGAAUGAGAAUGUGAGUUGUUAUUCAGAGGCGACUGCUGAUUAUUUGGAUUACUGGAAACUGAAGAAUAUAGGGUGUGGACUUGUGGUCUCCUCCAUAUUGGUUGGUAUGGAUAAUAAUACAAAGAAGAGCUCUUCGAUGUACUUAGAAUUUCAGACGAUUGAAUUAGAGUGGGGAUUGGAAGGAGAUUGUGCAUGUGAUGAACAUGCGAAUUGUACAAAUAUUUUUCUUCCGGGGAACAGAAACGGCUUCCGGUGCCGGUGUAAAGAUGGUUUCGUAGGUGAUGGUUUCCGCGACGGUGAUGGUUGCCGGAAAGUAUCUAAAUGCAAUCCUUCAAGAUACCUGUCUGGCCGAUGUGGUGGAACUACAAGAAUUGGUGUGCUCAUUGGAGGGAUUAUUGCUGGAGCUGGUUUAAUGGCUGCUUUGGCUAUUCUCUGCUACUGCAUUCGAAGACGUUCUGCAUCUCUGAAGAAAAGAAUGAGCGCGAAGCGCCUUCUUUCUGAAGCUGCAGGUAGCUCCAGUGUUCCUAUGUUCCAAUACAAAGAAAUUGAGAAAGCAACAAAUAGUUUCUCUGAGAAACAGAGGCUGGGUAUAGGUGCUUAUGGCACAGUUUAUGCUGGAAAGCUCCACAGUGAUGAAUGGGUUGCAAUUAAGAAACUAAGACAUCGAGAUCCAGAUGGCGUUGAACAAGUGAUGAAUGAGAUUAAACUUUUGUCUUCUGUAAGCCAUCCAAAUCUAGUCCGCCUCUUAGGUUGUUGUAUUGAAAAUGGUGAACAGAUUCUUGUUUAUGAAUUCAUGCCCAAUGGAACUCUAGCUCAGCAUCUACAGAGAGAAAGGGGUUCAGGACUUCCAUGGACAAUACGUCUCACUAUCGCCACAGAAACUGCUCAAGCGAUAGCUCACCUUCACUCAGCAAUGAAUCCACCAAUAUACCACAGGGAUAUCAAAUCUAGUAAUAUACUCUUAGAUUACAACUUCAACUCAAAGGUAGCAGAUUUUGGUCUUUCCAGAUUUGGCAUGACAGAUGAUUCUCAUAUCUCUACAGCACCACAAGGCACUCCAGGAUAUGUGGAUCCUCAAUACCAUCAGAAUUACCAUCUUUCCGACAAGAGUGACGUGUACAGCUUUGGAGUGGUUCUUAUAGAAAUCAUUACAGCACUGAAGGUGGUUGAUUUCUCUAGACCACACAGUGAGAUUAACUUGGCUGCACUUGCAAUUGACAGAAUUGGGAAAGGUCGUGUGGAUGAGAUAAUCGAUCCAUUUCUUGAGCCACACAGGGAUGCAUGGACUCUAUCAUCAGUUCAUAGAAUUGCGGAGCUAGCUUUCAGAUGCCUCGCAUUUCAUAGAGAUAUGAGGCCUUCAAUGAUAGAAGUGGCAGAUGAACUAGAACAGAUCAGGCUCAGCAGUUGGACAUCAUUGGAGGACAAUAUAUGUAUGACAUCAUCAGUGAAUUCCUCUUGCUCAUCUCCGCGUAGUAUGAGCGAGACAUCUUUUCGUAGUACAACAACUAAGAAAGGAGGAGUUGGGAGUAGGAGGUUGAUUUUUCCGCAGAAGAUAGGGAAUGCACUGUCAACCAUGGAGGAAAUAAAGGAUAGUUCCCCUGUUUCAGUGCAGGAUCCUUGGUUAAGCGAAGAGAGUCCUCCUUCAACAAACAGAUUACUGGGUAGUGCUGGUCGAUGAUGACUUGAAAAGAAAGUCUGCUUUAGGUAGAAAACUGAGGUACCUGUAAUCUAUUACAACCAGUUUACCACCUGUUCUUAUCUUAUUAUAUAGUGACUCGUACCAAAGAGUAAUACAACAGUCCUCUUUGUCAUUACAUGCUCGAACUAGUACUAGCUUUUUUCUUGCAUCUGCAGCUUCAUACAUAAAAGGAAUGUGAAAUAGUGAUUGGACAAGUGCCAAAAACUACCAGAAAGAUCAGUGACUACAUCCGAAUUCG